UCCGCUCAGCUUGCCGGCCCAGUCAACGAGUCAUCCCCCCCGUGUUCCCCCUCCCCUCGCCGAGCGCCUCUGCGUUUCCUGCAAAUCCACCGCCCCCGUCUUCCGCUCCGACGACGAUCGGUAGCUGCUACCAGCGAAAUUCGACCUCGCCGGAACUACGCCACCAGGUCCCAAGGGCAGCCCUAGCUCGCGAGCGUUGCCGAGGAGGCGGUUUGAUCUGGUGGACUCGAAGGGCCUUGCGGAUCUCUUGGGAGCCAGUGCGAUGGCGCGUGGCGCUCGCCUCCUCCUUGUUCUCGCGCUGCUCGCCGCGCUGCUAGCCGUCGUCCUCCAGCUCUACCGUCUUAGGAAGCCGAGGUUGUGGACAGUGGAGGAGCUAUCCGUGUACAAUGGAACGGAUGAGGGGUUGCCCAUACUACUCGGGAUUUUGGGCUCAGUGUUUGACGUUACAAAAGGGAGGUCACAUUAUGGUCCUGGAGGAGGUUAUCAUCACUUUGCUGGCAGGGAUGCAUCACGGGCGUUUGUUUCUGGAAAUUUUACAGGUGACGGCCUGACUGAUUCUUUACAUGGUUUAUCAAGCAGUGAGGUAAACAGCAUUGUUGAUUGGAGGAAAUUUUACUUCGAGAGAUACAUAUUUGCCGGUAAACUUAUUGGGCGCUACUACGACAAUCAAGGAAAUCCUACAAAGUACCUGAAGGGUGUAGAAGUAAAGGCAAAGAGAGGUGCACAGCUUCUUGAAAAGCAAAAGAGUGAGGAAGCUAAAAUACCCAGCUGCAAUUCAAAAUGGAGCCAGCAAGAAGGCGGAGAAGUUUGGUGCGAUACAGGCUACCCAAGACUAGUGAGAAGGCCAGGCGACAUAGCUCUGACCGGACAAGUUAGCCAAAGGUGUGCCUGUUUCCAGGAAGACGAGCUCAACAAACCAGGGCUAGUGGCGUACCAAGGGUGCGAUCAUUUGUCCAAGUCCUGCAAAGUAAACUAGGUCCGCCGUACAUCUCCCUUUCCUUGGUCCACAAACUUGUUGCUCCGUGUUAGUUACAGCAGCAGUGACAUCCGACAAGGCACCAGCCACGCAUCAUGAUCGUCUGCCUGUGCUGUUCCAGUCCAGUCGUGCAUCGAUCGAUCCUCUCGAAAUAUCUGGUGCAGCGUCGUGUUUUUCAGAUGUGAAGAUACGCAAUUGAUUUGGAGGAUACGUGCAAUCGAUUCGUAUGAUGGUAACACUGCACUGCCACGCAUUAUUCGUGUAGGGCAAGGUCGCAAAGGCUGCCCAUGUUAGUAGCAUGGGCCUCUGGCUGUCGAUCGGUCCAAGCUGCCGAUGCACCGUCGGCCUCAUCUUUCUCCUUCGGACCCCAAGCUCAUUUUCUCCGAAAUGACUCCCUUGUUCA